CAUGAAAGCUGAGCAAUCUCCUCAGAGUCAUUCUUUUGUAUACUCAAAAUUAUGAACCAAAGAGAAAAUGUUUCUUUUCGAUAUCAUCAUUCGUCAACCAGUACCAUUUGAUCGCGAUGAAGGAAAAAGAUUCUGAUUUCGAGAGCUGCAAUGAAAGUGAUUGUUGCUGUCACAAUGAGUACUGCGAUUGUUCAUCAAGUGAAGAAUCAGAUGCAUCAAGGAGCACAUCUCCCUUGCCUCCGAAGAAGGCCAAGAGCAGUUCACAAAAGAAUGAGAGGCAACCAUCCUCAAGUAGAACAUCAAUCAGCAAAUCAUCCCCUGUAGGACGUCCAAAACCGAAACCUUCUCACAACUCUUCCCUCAAAAUUCAAAAGGGUAGCACAGCAAAAGAGAUUGAAAGUACGAAUGUUUUGAUUCCAACAAAAGCUGAGAAGGGCGGCCAAAAACAAUCAUCCUCUCAAAAGGUGAACGUUGCAUCAAAAGAAGGCGAAAGAAUCUCUACAGAAAAGCAAGAGAAAUGCAAAAUCAUUCCGACGCUGCUGGAGUUAGACAAUAAACUUGCAAAGACGUAUCGUGAUUUACCCAAAAACGAAAAUGCAUCUGACGGGAGCGACCUUGAAUCAGACUACUUCAUCGAGAAUAAAGUCUCAAAGAGGACCAAGAGCAGCAUUGAUGGUAGCAAAGGAGGUAAGAAGAGGAAAAGGUCAAGUGAAGGAAAUGAAGUCGUUAGAUUUACACAAGAUGAGGACAAAGAAAUCAUUUCUUUCAUUGAGAAGAACAUCGAUAUGCCUAGAUUAUACAAGCACAUGAAUGAUACAUUUCCAGACCGCAGAAGAGCUGCAGCCAGCUUUUACGGACGCCGCGAUACUCUUUUCAAACAUUGGAAGAAGAACCUGACUUGA